AUGAACGGCGACGGCUACUCUCGCGCCUCCUUUGAAGACGGACGGGGAAAGGGAUCUCGCGACUACCCGAGAGAUCGUGAUGAUCGACGUGGUGGUGACAGAGACAGACAUCGCGACCGCAGACGCUCCCGUUCGCCCUACGACCGAAGCUCUAGACGUCGCGACGACGAGGACAGCUAUGCUACUAGCCGCAGCCACCGCGAGCGCGAGCGCGAGGACCGAUACUCUGGACGCGAUAGACGCGGCGAUAGGGAAUGGGAUCGCGACCGUGGCUCUUCCCGACGCGAUGCCAGAAGAGACGACGAUGAUCACCGACGCAGAGACCGCGACCCCUAUGACGACCGACGCCGAGGCGGAAGAGGCGACAGACAGCAACAACAGCAACACGAUGACGGUGGUAUGGGCCGCCGCGGCGAUCGCCAACGCAGCGCGACACCACCGCCCAAGAAGCGGGAGCCGACGCCUGACCUGACCAACGUCACGUCGGUCUUGGAGCGCAAGCGACGGUUGACUCAGUGGGACAUCAAACCCCCCGGUUAUGAGAAUGUCACUGCUGAACAAGCCAAGCUGUCAGGCAUGUUCCCACUUCCCGGUGCUCCUCGCCAGCAGCCCAUGGACCCUAGCAAGCUCCAGGCCAUCAUGAACCAGCCAGGUGGUCAGGUCAACAGUGCAGCGCUCAAGCCAAGCAACUCGCGCCAGGCCAAGCGACUUCUCAUCAACAACCUCCCCCCUUCUGCGACGGAGGACAGCAUUGUCGGCUUCUUCAACCUGCAGCUUAACGGCCUGAACGUGAUCGAGAGCACCGAUCCCUGCACUAGUUGCCAGCUUUCCAAGGAUCACUCGUUCGCAGUCGUUGAGUUUAGAAACGCUUCAGAGGCUACGGUGGCAUUAGCUUUGGAUGGGAUUACGAUGGAAGCUGACGAUGCCACAAAUGGCGCCGCUGGUAGCAACGGCCUGGUCAUUCGUCGGCCCAAGGACUACAUCGUUCCGGCUGUCGUCGACGACGUGCCGUACGAGCCGGGUGUCGUUUCAAACAUUGUGAUCGAUACGCCUAACAAGAUCAGCAUCGCGAACAUGCCUCCUUACCUUUCGGACGAGCAGGUUACAGAGCUGUUGGUUAGCUUUGGCGAGCUAAAGGCGUUUGUUCUCGUCAGAGACAAGAGUACGGAAGAGUCCCGCGGUAUUGCUUUCUGCGAAUACGUCGAGCCCUCUGCGACGGACGUGGCGAUCCAAGGACUUAAUGGCAUGGAUCUUGGAGACAAGAAGCUGAGGGUCCAGAAGGCGAGCGUUGGAGUCACUCAGGUUGCGGGAGUCGAGAUGGGCGUGGCGGCCAUGUCCAUGCUUGCUGGGACAACUUCAACAGACUCUGAGGAAACACGUGUCCUGCAGCUGCUCAACAUGGUCACUCCGGAAGAGCUGAUGGACAAUGAUGACUACGAGGAAAUCAAGGAAGAUGUCGAAGAGGAAUGCACCAAGUUUGGUAAGGUCCUUGACGUCAAGAUUCCCAGACCCGUGGGAGGCAGCAGACAAUCUGCUGGCGUUGGCAAGAUUUUCGUCAGGUUCGAAUCGAAAGAGGUGGCCAAGAAGGCCUUGCAGGCGCUUGCAGGACGCAAGUUUGCGGAUCGAACUGUUGUCACGACCUACUUCCCCGAGGUAAACUGCCCUUCACCGCAAUGA